CUCUCUCUCUCUCUCUCCCCCCACCCCAUCUAUCUCUCUCUCCUACUUUUCCCCCCCCCCCCCUCUCUCUCUCUCUCUCUCUCAUGGGGUUGGGAUGGCAUGAUGAUGGAUGCAUGAGUCAUCAUGAGUCAUGGGGUUAUGGUUCGGGAAGUGGGAUACGGGCGUCUUAUUACUAUUAGCGACGAGCUUAUUACAACAAAACUUUACAUAAAUCUCUCUGUCCGCUCCGCUUCUCUCUCCUCACUCUUCCUCUCUCUCUACUCUCCACACUGUUCCCCUCCCUCUCUCUACUUUCUCGCUCUAAAAGCGAAAAACCAUUAGGGUUUUGCUCGAUUUCGCACUCAAAUUCUGCUGAGCCAGCUGGGUUUCUCCCACAACAGCUCCUAACUUUGGGUUCCCUGAGAGAUGCUCUCUCUGCUGGUGCGGCUUUUACGAGGUGCCGUGAAGAUUCUUUUCCCUCGUGGGCGCAGAUCGUCUCGUUAAUUUGAUGGUCGAGUCCGACCCAGUUGAUACUUUCAACAUGGAGGCAAUUAUGUCAGCGGAGGAGAUCCAUCAUGGAGAAAGAGAUUCUGCUCUUGCAUCCAACUCCAAGAGCUCAACCGUCAAGAUUGACUCGAUAUUUAUUGAUCUUAGUAACACUGAGGAGAAGGCUGAUGCAAAAAGUUGUGAGCAUUUUUCCAUUCGUGGAUAUGUUGCUCAAAUUAGAGAAAAAGACAGGAAGAUUUGUUGGCCAUUUUCUUUUGACGACAAUACAGAAGAGCAAACAUGCACGCUUCCUCCUUUACAUGAUCCCAAAUUCAGAUGGUGGCGUUGUCAAAACUGUCUACAGGAGAUUGAUGCUAAUGAAAGUGCAAAAGAGAAUGGAAUGGGUGCUAGUUGUUGUAAAACUGGAUUUAAAUCCAAAAGCACUUCCACUCGUUUGCAAUCCCAUAGUGGUGUGGGAAUGCCACUGUUAGAUUUUCAGCAAGCUUUGAAGCCAGACAUCAUUGAGGGAAGAAAAGAUGCUGCUAACACUUUCUCUGAUGUUCACAGCAAUAAGUAUAAUCUUUCAUUACAAAGUAUUAGAAAUGAAGGUAAUGUUGAAGGUGCCGAAGCUUCCAUGAUCGCUCAUGAGAAUGGUUUUCAAGAUGUGAUGAACCAGGAAAUUUCCAGGCCAACUUGUGCUGCAAGUGGACUUAAUCCAAGCUUGAUGCAGCAAAUAGUUAAAGAUAGCCCAGGUAUUAAAUUGCAAUGCAAUGGAGUUGUUUUUUGCAAGGCAGACUGUGGAAGUCAUGAAGUUACUGAUACUCAGCCAGCCAUCAGAAACCUCAAGCAGAUGGUUAAUUGUUCGGCCAAAACUUGUCAAACAGAAAAGCAUAUUUCUGUGAGUGGUCAACAUGGAGAUGUAAUGGCAGAUUUUGGGACAUCUAAGGUAGUUGGUGUGGCUAAUGAGGCCUGUAAUGCUGCCAAGGGUCAUGAAAGCAGACAUCCUUCCCUAGAAAUCAAUAAAUGUAGUUAUGCAUUAUCUGCAUCUGAAAGUGAUGAUGAUAUCUUGCAAGAAAACAAUCAACAUCAUGCCAAUGAUAAUUCAAGUGGUUUGCAUUGUAAAAAAACUCGAAAGGUGCGCUUGCUGACCGAGUUGUUGGGUGCAAAAAAAAAUACACGCAGUAAUCACAUUGGGACAGAAGACUCUUCUUCCAAUGCAACGCCUGAUGCAUCUACCAGACCAGAGAAUUCUGUUGCACAAGGGCAUGAAGCAAGGGGCGUCAGGCACCAAAGUAGUAAAAGCAAGAUGUCUCACAAUGAAGAUUGGAGAUCCGAACAGAUGGGUGGGCCAAUAAAUGUGAAAAAAAGGGUUCGGUUCUCCAAGGGAGACGCAGAAUCUGCUGACAUUAACAAUGCAACUGUUGGUUCUGAAUUAGCUGUGAGUGCACCUCCUGAAAUAGGUUUGCUAACUGGUAUGAAAAGUCAUAGCACCAAAAAUAGAAUUGAUAGAAAGUCUAUUCCGUGUAAGAAGAAAUUGAAGAAGGCUCAAGUUGCUGAUGGAUGUUCUUUAUUAUUGCCAUUGUCUGACAUUGUAACCAAAGACAAAAAUCUUGGCAACAUUGGAUAUGCAGAUAAGGACAAUGAUGACCAUCAUGCUUUUUUCAAAUCAGCACGUGAUGAUUCCUAUGACAUGGUGAAUCAUUCAUUUGGAUGUAAUUUGCCUGCACAGUUUACCGAGAAAAAAUCUAGUUCACGUAAGAAGAAGAAAAAGAUACCUCAAGUUGAAGUUGGCCACACUUCUCUAAUGCCUUGUAAUAGUGGAAUUCUCAGUGAAGGUCUAACCACUCGGAAAGAUGUAAAAGUCAUACAAAUGGGGCCUGGAACAUUUCCACACCAGUUAGCCGAAGAUGCAUCACAUACAGAGGGUCUACAUCUUUCCCUUCAAAAGUGCUUGGCUACACAAAGAAAUAAUAGAAACUAUAUUUCCCCAAUUGAAGAUGGGCUAGAAUUUCUACUGCCACAGCAACAGAGCAUUCCCAGUGAACAUCAGAUUAUGAUGAAAAAUGUAAAUAACGAGUAUUUUGGAAAUUCAAGUGUUUCUUUUGCAUCUGCACCAGAUGCAUUUUUGGGGAGACAAGGAUGUGAUGAUCUGAGUGCCAAGAACAAUAGCAAGAGAAUGUCUUUUUUCAGCGGCAGCCGGAAUUGCACCCCUCAGACUGAAGGCGAGGCCUUUCCUUUAAUGAGGAAAAAGGAUUUGUCAGCCACAUACAGAAAUGAGAAACUUGCUGGAGCUAAAGAACACUCAGAUAUUACAAAGAGUGGUGUAAGGGUCAAUAAGGUGCUUCAUCAAGGAGCUUUAGAUGACAUACCAAUGGAAAUUGUUGAACUUCUGGCAAAGAAUCAGUAUGAGAGGCGUCUUCAUGAUGCUAAAAAUGAUCAUUAUCUGUUAGGGACAACCAGUAACAGAAGGAAUGCCAAGACAUUGGAUUUUUUUGAAGUAAAUGGGAAUGGAGCACUGAGAUUGUUGCCAGAGCAAAAUCCCCAUUUGCAAAAAAAUCAGUCUACUACUAUGAGAAAUGGCAUAACUACAACAGAUGAAACUGCGCGACCCAACAAACAAAAGUCAGUUAAUUUCUUUUCUGACAAUAGAAACCAUUUUAGUAUGAGCAAAUUGGAAGAAACUCAUGCCUCUUCAGUGUUCUCCCCAUUUUCACAGUUUCGGGAUAAACAAUCAAGUGGUGUCCAAUUUUCUGCCCUUGGUCCUAACAGAAGUUGCAGUGCUCAAAAAUGUAGAUUUAUUGGGGAUACAGUUGGGCAGAGGUUCUCACAUACUGUUUUGCAGGGCUCAGAAGCAUAUAACACAUGCCAGACUCCUUUGCAUAAGAAAGAUGAAGCUGGAUGUGUUUGGUCCCACAUGCUGCCAAAGGAUUUGCAUUUUGGACUUGACAUUCCUCAGACGCACCCUACUCAUUCAAGUAACAUGGACAUGCUUUCAAAACGUACUGGUGCAAUGCAAAAAGGGAAAAUAAAUGGGGGUCAUGACCUGGAUAUUUUGAAUUGGAAAUCUGCUAACCCUGAAAAGCUGGAUAGGAACUUGACUUCUGAAACUUUCAACAGGACACAUGCAGGAUACCCAUCCAGCUGCAAACCCAAGGGAAUUGAGCAUCAUCCAAAGCUGAUGGGAUCAUUAGAUCUAUAUUCUAAUGAAACUAUACCAGCAAUGCAUUUACUCAGCCUGAUGGAUGCAGGGGUGCGGUCAAAUACAACCUUCAAUAUGGAUGGAAACCAGAAGUUACUCAAGAAACCUUCCUUUUCACAUGAUCAUUACUCUAAGGAGUUUACCAGUCUGGGGUGGUCUGGAGCAUAUAAGACUGGUGAAACCUCACAAUACCCACCAUCUGAAUUUUGCAGUAAGAAUAACCUUCCAGAGAAAAUUUGUGAGUGUUCGCCUGCUGGUCCUGCUGUUUGUUCCUUCGAUUCAUUUCAAACUAAUAUAAAUUUUAAAGGAGAUGCUGAUUAUGCAGAUCAAGUUUUCUUGAAAUCUAGUAGGGAAGGGAAAUUAAGUUCUCGUUCGCCCACACAGAAGAGAGGCCAUAGACCACGAAAAUCUUUGUCUACAAGUUGGGGUUCAGGCCCAAAUCAGGGAACUGUUCCUGUUUGUGGAAUGCAGAAAACGUUCUUUGAUGAUUCAGAUUCUAUGGUGUUUCCUUGGCAAUAUCAUGCACCUGAUAAUUUGAUGAAGAGUAUAGAAUUGCCAGCCAACAGUAACAGCAGAACUGUUUGGUCUAUGAGAAGCAUGUCUGAGACUGAAACCUGCAGUAUUAACAGAAAUCCUGCUGAUUUUAGCAUGCCAGAAGCAGGGAAUGCAUACAUGAUUGGUGGAGAAGACCUAAAAUUUGGGAAGAAAACUCCUGGGGAUAGUUCUGGUUUUGUCAAUUUGGAUGGGCUCAAGCGCCAGAAGACUAGGAAGCUAACAGGGAUAAAAGAGCAUGCAAGGCAUCAAACUUCAUGAAUGUUCCCUGAUCUUGUCUGCAUGUCAGAAUUAAAAAUCUUUAUGCAUGUCUUUUGGCACGCUGCUGCUUCAGAGAGUUUCAUGAAAUCUCAAAAUUCCUCAUUGAUUUUCGAAUGGGCAUGUAUGAAUUUUCAGUGUUUUGAUCUGUUGAUCAAAGUUUAUGUAUGCACAUUCCACCAGGAAGUAGAGGUGGUACGGGAUAGAUUUGGGGCUUGUUGCAUGUAAUCAUCAAUAAGUGAGCUCUUGUGAAUAUACUUCUUGUUGUAAUUUAGUGUCAUAAUUUACUUGGGGAAAGAAAUUUGCUUCUGAAAAAGAUAUUUGGAAUUCAGACUUUGGCAUAUCACACUAUGGAUGUGAUUGUCUCAUUUGAAUCAUUUAUGUUCAUUUUUUUCUUUUUUCUUUUUUUUCUGAAAGUGUUUAAGAGACUUUUGUAUGUGGGACACAUUUGAAAUAUAAAAUCCUCCAUGUGGGUGUACAUACGCACUUAUUUUCGUC